GCGUGCUGCAACGCCUCUGCGCGGCGUCACUCAUGACAUCCAGCCCAACAUGGCCCCUGCCAGCCGGGCUGUUGUUGUGAUUGCGCUCUCACUGCUCCGUUGCCCGUGUUCGCCGGUCUUCGCCACCGAGUUCUUCUCCACGCUGACGCUGUACAACAACGAACUCCACAAGCAGGGAUGCAGCUCGCUGUCCGAAUGGGAAGAGUACGCGGCGGACUGCGAGUCGUCCGUUCUGCAGUUGGACGAUCCAGACUGCGAAGAGGGAAGCAACCCACCCUGCGAGUCAGUUUUCUCGCUGAAUGCUGAAAAGAUUAUUAAUCAAGCCAAGCUGUUUAUAGAGCAGAAGAAAAUCCCUUUUCCUGUAGAAAACACCAACACAAAUGAGGAACUUGCCAUAGGCUUCGUUCUGAUCGGCAACGGCCUUUACGACGAAGCCAUAAAACACUUUUCCCUGCUGCUGCAGGGUGACCCAGAGCUGGUCUGCGCCAUCUACGGCCGAGGAAUCGCCUACGGGAAAAAAAGCCUCCAGGACAUCAAAAAUGCUGACCUGGCGUUGUACGAGCUCAACAGAGUCAUCACGCUGGAGCCCAACUGGCCAGAAGUCUAUGAGCAGCGAGCAGAGAUUCUCUCUCCUCUGGGUCGCAUCAGCGAGGCUCUGGCUGACUUGACCAAAGCCAUCCAGCUGCAACCUUCAGCGCGUCUCUACAGGCACAGAGGAACGCUGCUUUUCAUCUCAGAGGACUAUGUGGCAGCGUCCCAAGACUUCCAGCAGUCCUUGGAGCUGAAGAAGAAUCAGCCCAUCGCCAUGCUCUACAAAGGCCUCACCUUCUUUCACAGAGGCAUGCUGAAGGAGGCCAUUGAGACGUUUAAAGAGGCGCUGAAGCUCAAGUCAGACUUCAUAGAUGCUCACAAGAGCCUUGGACAAGCCUAUAGAGAGCUGGGCGACUUCGAGGCGGCCAUGGAAAGCUUCCAGAAGGCCCUCAUGCUCAACCAGAACCACAUCCAGUCCUUGCAGUUGCGGGGCAUGAUGCUCUACCACCACGGCUCCCUGCAGGAGGCCAUCGGCAACUUCAAGAGGUGUCUCCAGCUUGAGCCUUACAACGAGGUGUGCCAGUACAUGAAGGGUCUGAGUCACGUAGCCAUGGGCCAGUUCUACGAGGGCAUCAAAGCUCAGACUAAAGUCAUGCUCAACGACCCACUACUAGGUCAGAAGGCCAGCUCGGAAUACCUCAAAGUCAAAUAUCUCAGAGAGUACUCUCGCUACCUGCAUUCCCACCUGGAUGUCCCCGUCGCCGAGUACAACGUGGACCAGGACUUGCCUGGGAACUUCAAGAAUCACUGGUCCAAGAACCUUCCCUUCCUAAUAGAAGACUACGAGGAGCAGCCUGGCCUGCAGCCGCACAUCAAGGACGUGCUGCCGCAGAACUUUGAGAGCUACAGCGCCGACGUCCAGAAGCUGAUCUGCACGGCCGACCACCUGGGGGCUUUGAUGCAGUACGACACUCCGGGCUUCUUGCCCAACAGAAGGAUACACAGAGCCAUGGGCCUGGCUACACUGGAGGUGAUGCAGGCCAUGCAGCGCACGUGGACCAACGCCAAAGUGCGUAUCAAUGGCAAAACCAGGCAGAUGCAGUGGAGGGACAUGUUUGACGUUGCGGUCAAGUGGAGAAGGAACGCUGAUCCCGACCAGCCGGUUCUGUGGUUGGACCAAAUGCCCGCGAGGAGUCUCAGUCGUGGAUUUAACAAUCACAUCAACCUCAUCAGGGGUCAGAUUAUCAACAUCAGAUACCUGGCGUACUUUGACAACAUUCUGGACUUCAUCAAAGACCGAAUACUGGUCUACCAUGGGGCGUACAACCCCAGAGGACUUGUAGAGGUCCGCCAAGCCUUGGAGAAUGUGAAUAAAGUAGAGGAUCUUCUUCCUAUAAUGAAGCAGUUCAACAGUAAAACCAGAGAUGGCUUCACGGUCAACUCCAAAGUGCCCAGCAUGAAGGAUUCUGGGAAAGAGUACGACGGCUUCACUAUCACCAUCACGGGAGACAGGGUGGGCAAUAUGCUGUUCUCUGUUGAGACUCAGACCACAGAGGAGCGCACGGAGCAGUACCAGUCAGAGAUCGAGUCCAUCUACAGAGAGCUGACGGCCAAAGGGAAGGCCUUGAUGCUCUCCACAGAGCUCGGGGACGCAGACGCCGUGUGCAACCUGAUCCUCUCCUUGGUUUAUUACUUCUGCAACCUCAUGCCGCUAUCCAGAGGCUCCAGCGUGGUGGCCUACUCUGUAGUCAUGGGAGCGCUAAUGGCCAGUGGGAAAGAGGUCAGUGGUCGGAUCCCCAAAGGAAAGCUGGUAGACUUUGAAGCCAUGACGAUGCCAAGUCCAGACGGCUUCAGUAAAACAACAAAGAGUUGGAUGAACCUCAGAAGUUUACCCACUUGGUACCAGAAUCUUCCCUCCGUAGCAGAGACCUUCCCGUCUACCAGAACCAUGAUCGAAGUUCUCAACACGGACUCGUCGUCGCAAUGUUCAAAGAAGUCUUAGCACAAGUGUUUAAGUCUUAAUAAUUCUUCUAACGGAGCAAAGGGACAGAGUCAGAUUUCAGGAUAAAUUUUCCAAAUUCUGUUUUAAAAAAGUCGUACAGUGGAACCCCUAAAGUCCAACACUGGCUGAUGAUCUGCCUCUGCUUUGUUUUGGAAGAAAAAUGGCAAUACAACUAAUCUUUUCCAAAGUCAAACUGUCCUCUUCUCAAAAAAUGCUGUAUGAAUUGUAAGCAAUUUAGGUAACAUUUUAACACAAAAAAAUACCUCAGUCUUAAUGACAAAGGUGAUUCGCACCUCUUUUUUUUACAUUGGAAAUGUUAUGAGUGUAAAAGCACUUAAUGUUCAAAUGCACAGACAAUUCUGUAAUUUUUGCUAAAAAUGUUUGACAAAAAAGGAACUAUGUAUUUAUCGGCUUUUAGCGGUUCCUCUGUUUGUCAUGAUUUGGUUCCCCUCAAAGCUGCAGCACAUCUUUUGCUUUGGUCCCCCUUUAUUUUCUCAUCGGUCAUCUUUGUCGUUAUCACCAUAAAAGCUGCACAACAACAAGGAGGUUGACCGCACUGGUAAAAUUUCCCGUUAAUGAUCCGUUUUAGUUGAUUCAGUAUUAGGGUGAACAUAUGGUGCCAGCAGAACCACUUUAGUUUGGUUUCCUUUCCUGACGUUUGAGGGCACAUCUCCAGGCUGACGGAGACAAACUGCAAUAUGACUUUAUGCAAAAAAAGUACUAUGUUUAAAACAAGCACACUGAGUAAGGAGCACAUAUUGUUAAUUAAAAACCUAAGUGUUUAAAAGUAAGGGAUUGCAGGUUUGGUUGUCAUGGUAGCAUGAGAAGUGUUUGAGUUUGAAUGUUAAAAUUUGCAGAGUCCCAAAAAAAAAAAAGUCCACGCAAAACGGUCACUUAGUUUUGUAUUCGACCAUGAAGUGAUGUUUACAUGAUUUUACUCCAGCUGCCAUCAAGCACAAGCAGGCCUCUUCAAAGUGUUAAUUUCAUUUCAGCUUGUUUUUCCUUUCCCCUUUGGACGUCGUUUGUAUGAAAGCUGUAUUUCUCCAUUGAAUGUUUCGUUUCCACAGCAGCAGAAGACAAAAAAAGUAUUUAUUAAUAUUAUUAUUACAUUCUGCUCUUCCGCACAGCAGUUAAAAGUUUUCAAAGUAUCAAAGAUUGUGUUGUUGUACCGCACACAAAGUGGCACAACCUAUCUGAAAAUUUGAAGGAGUGAAUGUUCUCCAGCCAAAUAAACUGGUUGACCAUG